CCAAAUCAUAUGUAAAUGUCAAAAUACUCAAAGUUGGGCACGUCAUAAUAUAUUGCUGUUUUGCAAAUUUAAGUUCAAUUUUAAAAAGGGGCAAUAUUGAAGUUUUCUAACUUCUUUGGCAUAUGAGCACCUAAAAAAUGACUACAUUAAGGCAACGCCAAAAAGAUGCAAUUAAGCAAAUGUUAAAUUUAAACCAGCCCCUAACAAAAUUAGGGACUUCUGAGCCUUCUUGGAAAAUAUUAGUGUACGAUAGGGUGGGUCAAGAUAUUAUAUCACCUCUUAUAUCUGUAAAGGAGCUUCGGGAACAAGGUGUCACACUAUUCGUGCAAUUACACUCUGACCGAGAUGCAAUACCUGAAGUUCCAGUAGUAUACUUUUGUGCUCCGACCGAAGAAAAUUUAGGUAGAAUAAAGCAAGAUUUUCAAAGGGGUGUGUACGAUAUUUACCAUUUGAAUUUCCUUUCACCUAUUUCAAGAGACAAAUUAGAGGACCUUGCUUCUGCAGCUAUUGAGGCUAACUGUGUUGCAAAUGUGCAUAAGAUCUAUGAUCAGUAUGUAAACUUUAUCUCUCUGGAGGAUGAUAUGUUUGUUCUGAGACAUCAAAAUAGUGAUUCAAUAUCUUAUUAUGCAAUCAACAAAGGAGACAUCAAAGACAACGAAAUGGAGCUGAUAAUGAACAGCAUUGUGGACAGUCUGUUUUCGGUAUUCGUUACGGCAGGGACAGUUCCAAUAAUCCGAAGUCCUAAAGGUAACGCGGCCGAAAUGGUCGCUCAGAAACUGGACAAAAAAUUGAGAGAAAACUUGUUCGAUGCUAGGAAUAACUUAUUUACCGGCGACACCCAGUCUGGAAACUUUAACUUUCAUCGUCCGUUGUUGAUCAUUUUGGAUAGGAAUGUCGAUAUGGCGACUCCGUUACAUCACACGUGGACUUAUCAAGCUUUGGCACACGACCUGCUAGACCUUUCUCUUAACAGGAUUGUUAUUGAAGAUAAUGCACCUAAAGGAGGGACUAGAUCUAAACAUAAACCGUGCGAACUAGACGCAAAAGACAAGUUCUGGAAUAGUCACAAAGGUUCUCCGUUUCCCAACGUGGCGGAAGCGAUUCAAGAGGAGCUGGAACAUUAUCGAUCUUCCGAAGAAGAAGUUAAAAAACUGAAAUCCUCUAUGGGUAUCGAUAAUGAAAGUGAAGUGGCUGUUACAAUGGUUACGGAUAAUACGGCUAAAAUUACUUCUGCUGUACAGUCCCUGCCGCAAUUGUUAGAAAAAAAGAGGUUGAUAGAUAUGCAUACGUCUAUUGCAACCGCAAUAUUAAACAGCAUAAAAUCGAGAAAAUUGGACACAUUCUUCGAGUUAGAAGAAAAAAUAAUGAGCAAAGCACAGCAAUUGGAAAAGCCGCUAUUGGACUUGAUAUCGGAUUCAGAAGCCGGUAUGCCCGAAGACAAACUAAGACUGUUUAUAAUUUAUUACAUUUGUGCCCAAUACUUGUCCGAAUCGGAUUUGAAAAAAUAUGAAAGUGCUUUGGUGGAAGCUGGUUGUGAUUUGAGUCCGUUGGUAUAUAUUAAGCGGUGGAAGAGUUAUGCAAAAAUGACGAGCAGCGGCGCCUUAAACCAGUACGAAGGAGCGGGCACAAAGACCGUCAGCAUGUUUUCAAAAUUAGUGUCGCAGGGUUCAAAUUUUGUCAUGGAAGGAGUGAAAAAUUUGGUCGUUAAGAGGCAUAAUUUGCCUGUUACUAAAAUUGUGGACAAUCUCAUGGAGUUUAAAAAUAGCCAAGAAAUGGAAGAUUACCAUUACCUGGAUCCCAAGCAACUGAAACUCACAGAAAUCCCAAAGAAUAGAUCUCCAUUCCACGACGCGGUAGUGUUUAUUGUCGGAGGAGGAAACUAUAUUGAGUAUCAAAAUUUAGUUGAUUAUGCCAAGGCCAAAACGACAGCAGGCAACGCAAAAAGGAUAAGCUAUGGUGCCUCAACGUUAAAUAAUGCCAAGCAAUUUUUACAUCAAUUAUCGUUACUCGGACAGGAACUACAGUGACAAUUUUUAUAGCCACUAGAGAUAAUGAAAUUUUAUUUAUAUUUAAAGAAUAUUUUUAUCUAUAAGUAUUAAAGAGGUAAUUUUUUAUUGUGGUCAUCAAUGAAUUGUAUAAUUUUAAUAAUAAUUCAUAGGUGUUA